AGGAAGUUUACAGGUGCCACUUCCGGUUUCACUUCACAAAAAGAUAUUUGAAGGAAAACAAUUUAAAGAAAAAUGAAUACAUUUAAAUAACAAAAAGAACGCUCCAACUUGUCGUAACAAAUACAUUUGCUUCAAUAUAUGCGACAUGUUGGACGUAACAAAGUGGCCGAUUUUCAGUCUUUUAGAUCCAAAUGAAGCUUCGAAAAUAACAAAAAUUUGUGUUUUUGGAAGUUCUGGAAAUGAAGCAAUCUACAUCACUGAUAAUGAUGAUGUUUAUGCUAUCGGUUCGAACUGUAGUGGUUGUCUUGGAUUAGGGGACUCACACAGUAGCCUAGAACCCAGAAAGAUUGAUGCACUCUGCAGGAAGAGAAUUGUUGAUGUUGGUUUUGGAAGUGGACCACAUGUUUUAGCUGUAUCAGACACUGGAGAGGUGUAUAGCUGGGGCCACAAUGGGUACUGCCAGUUGGGCAAUGGAGGUUCAACACAGGGAGUUAUGCCAGUACUGGUCAACACAAACUUACAGGGGAAGAAGGUAUCCAAGGUUGCAUGUGGGAGUCACCAUUCCCUGGCUUUAACAAUGGAUGGAGAGAUUUAUGCCUGGGGACAGAAUAACUGUGGUCAGGUCGGAUCAGGCACUACAACUAAUCAGCCAACUCCUAGAAAAGUCAUAGCUGUUAUUGGUUCAAGAGUUGCUAUAUCCAUAGCUUGUGGACAGACAUCUUCAAUGGCUUUAAUGGAAAAAGGGGAGGUAUAUGGCUGGGGUUAUAAUGGUAACGGACAAUUAGGACUUGGGAAUAAUGUGAACCAGCCCAAUCCAUGUCGUGUCCAGAUGUUACAAAACACUAUAGUAUCACAGAUUGUGUGUGGAUAUGCUCACACUCUGGCUCUAACAGAUGAAGGGGAUCUAUUCUCGUGGGGAGCAAACUCAUAUGGUCAAUUAGGCACAGGAAAUAAAGCAAAUCUAGUCACUCCUUCUCGAGUUACAGCAGAUGGUGAAAGGUUUAUCGAAGUUGCUGCUAGUCACUAUUCUCACAUUUCUGCUGCUAUGACAGAGACAGGGAAGGUUUACAUGUGGGGACAAUCGAGGGGUCAGUCGAUAACGUCCCCACUUCUCACACAGUUCAGCUGUACAGAUGAUGUAUUUUCAGCAUUUUCAACUCCUCCUGUUACAUGGAGAACCCAUGCUGUCAAUCAAAUGAGGGGCAGUAAAGUUGUUAAUUGUAUAUCACAAGCGUUUGAUGAUCCUAUCACAAGUGAUGUGAAGUUUAAAGUUGAGGGGAGAGAUAUAUGUGUUCAUAAAUCAAUACUCAAAAUAAGAUGUGAGCAUUUUAGAUCCAUGUUUCAGCCAUGUUGGGAUGAAGCUGGCAAAGAUGUUGUAGAGAUUACUCAGUAUCCGUAUAAUGUAUAUAGAGCAUUCCUGAAAUAUUUAUACACAGAUCAUGUAGACCUGAUGCCAGAUGAAGCUAUAGGUUUGCUAGAUUUAGCCAAUUCCUAUUGUGAGCCAAUAUUGAAGAGACACUGUGAGCAGAUUAUAAGACAUGGAAUCUCAGUCAAUAAUGUGGCCAUGUUAUAUGCUGCAGCAAUAAAAUAUGAAGCUAGGGAGCUGGAGGACUUCUGUUUUCGAUUCUCACUCAAUCACAUGACUGCGGUAACCCAGACUAACGCUUUCCAGGAUCUCGACGAGUCUAUACUAAAAGCAUUCAUCAAGAAAGCUGGGCAGUCUGGUGCUUUUCGGUACUGAAAUAUACCAGUAGAAAAAAAACAGUGUUAAAAGUAUUAUUGAUUAAUACAUAUGAGCCAUGUCAUGACAAAACCAACAUGGUGGGUUUGCGACCAGCAUGGAUCCAGACCAGCCUGCGCAUCUGCCCAGUCUGAUCAGGAUCCAUGCUGUUCGCUUACAAACCCUAAUACAAGUAGAGAAACUGAUAGCAAACAGCACUGAUCCUGAUCAGACUGCGCGGAUGCGCAAGCUGGUCUGGAUCCAUGCUGGUCGCAAACCCACUAUGUUGGUUUUGUCGUGACACAGCUCAAUUAUUUAUUUAUUGACAAUAGAUGUACAUGUUUAUUGCAUAGAUAAAUAUAUUAAAAUGCAUUAUGAUAAAUGCAUGUAAAAAAGCCCUGUACUUGUAAAUGUGCUGUUAUUGUUGUGCUUUCUUUUUGUUUUGUUUGUUUUUUUCAGUUUGGAGGUUAUAGCUAUGUUAUCAAUGUCAGGUGUUUUCAUUACUGUAGAAUUUGCUUCCUGUAAAAUACAUCUUUAAUAGAAGUCAGUAUUACAACUACUUGUUUAUUGUUCGGCUAUUACUGUUAUAAAUUUAAAGAUUUCCGAUAUUUCUAAGUAAGUUAUAGAUUGCGCUAAACUGUCUGGGGGCAAAAAAAUGACCCAAAAAGUAGGAUAAAUUGACUUUCUUUGUUGUACCAAAGGUGAAACAAUUUAUCAACUUUUUAUGCUUUCAUUUAGGAGAUGAGGAAUAUAGACCUACCCUUAUCAGAACAGACAAGGACAUAUCUUUAAUUCACCCUGUUACAAGAAGUUAUCAUAUUGCACAACAUGGGGUUAUUACAAAAUUUACAAUACCAAAUAAAAGAAUUCAAUAUCUGGUCAAUGAAUAUAAUUAUAUUACAGGGAAAAAAACAUGUUAUAAAACUUUUUGAAAAAGUAGUUGUUAUUACUAAUUGAUAUACUUUUAUAUAUACAAAUGUACUUUUUAAAAUGUUAAUGCACGGUCAACUGAGUUUUUUUUUUUUACAAAUCAACCAAUCAAAGGCCUGAAUUCUAUAUUAGUUUUUGUUUGAAAACUGAUGCAAUUUAGACUGAAUCAUACAGGGCCCGCUUUUGAUUCAUUAAUAUUGUCAGGGGCUUCCAUGGCUGAGUAGUUAGGGUCGUUGACUUCAAACCACUUGCCCCUCACCGCUGGGUUCGAAUCCAGACAGGCACUUUGGAUUCUUUUUCAUGUUAGGAAGCUAUCCAGCUAACUUACUUAAUGUCGGUGGUUCUAGUCGGGUGCCCGUUUGUGCCUAAAAUAAUGCACGGAAUGGCACCUGAGGUCUUCCUCCACCAGUAAAGCUGGAACGUCACCAUAUGACCUAUACUGUGUCGGUGUGACGUAAAACCCAAUCAAAAAAAAAAAUAAUAAUAAUAUUGUACAUUUUUUUUUUUCGGAAGUAUUUACUGUACUAGAUACUUAUCAUUGCACUGUCAGUAUUAAAGGUGAAAAUAUUGUCAUGUUGUCUGUAUUGUACCUAUAUGUAAUGCUUCUUUGAUGUGCUUAAUCUGUGAGCUUUUUUCUCUUUCAGGCAGUGUUAACUUAAUAGGAGUAAUUAACAAUGCACUAAUCAUUUAUUACCCUUACCUCUUAGGCACCAGUUAAACCAGGCACCAGUUAAAUUCAUGCCCCAAAUCACAUGGUAAAAUUCCUGCCUUUUUCUUCUUUAUAACAGGUUAUGCUCACCUGGUAAAAUUCAUGCCCCAAAAAGGAUAAUCACAUAGUAAAAUUCUAAUAACAGGUUAUGCUAUAAUAAAUUUUUGGCUUCAAGAUGAAGUAACUGAAUUCACAUUGCAGUUCAAGAAUAUUUGUAACGGAUCUUAGCUCAUCUACUUAUGAUAAACCAUCAGUCUAAUGGCUGUGUGUGAAAUUUGGAAACACAUUGGUUUAAUAGUAUAGUAUUCAAUAUUAUAUAGUCAAUCAAUAACUAAAAAGCAUUUUUGUAUUUUCUCAGCAUUAAGCUUUAAGUAUUUGAAUUAGUUCAAAAAGUUCAAUAUUAAGUUAGAUUGAGAUUUAAAUGAUGGUAUUUUGAUAUUUCUUAAUACUACAUACAUGUAUGAAACAUGUUUCAGGGAGAUAUUACAAAAACUGAUCAGUUUGCAUUUUUCUAGAAUGCACAUGAAAAAUUGAAUAUAUUGUUAAGAAUUCACAUGAACUAUUGAAUAUAUUGUAAAUAAUGCACAUGAAAUAUUGAAUAUUUUGUAAAGAAUGCACAUGGAAUAUUGAAUUUAUUGUAAGGUUUGUCCAUGGAAUAUUGCAUAUGUUGUAAAGAAUGCCCAUGGAAUAUUGAAUGCCAGGGUAUAUGAAAUUUACUGUACAGAAUACAUACGGAAUAUUAAAUAUAUUGUAAAGAAUGCUCAUGGCAUAUUGAAUUUAUUGUAUACAAUGCCCAUAGAAUAUAGAAUUUAUUGUAUAGAUUGCUCAUGGAAUUUUGAAUUCAUUGUAUACAAUGCCCAUGGAAUAUUUAAUGUAUUGUAAAAAAAAUAUCCAUGGAAUAUUGAAUUUAUUGUAAAGAAUGCCCUCGAAUAUUGAAAAUAUUGAAAACAAUGUCCAUGGAAUAUUGAACUUAUUGUAUACAAUGCCCAUGGAAUAUUGUAUCAAUAGUAAAGAAUAUCCAUGAAAUAUUGUAUUUAUUGUAUGCAAUCCCCAAGAAUAUUGAAUAUUUUGUUAAAAUGCUCAUGGAAUAUUGAAUACAUAUAUUGUAUAGAAUGCCACUGAAUAUUCAAUUUAUUGCAUACAAUUCAUAUGGAUUAAGGAAUCAAGAAUGUAUAUGGAAUAUUGAAAAUACAUUGAAUAUUGAAUACAGGAUGACCUUGGAAUAUUGUUGUCACAUGACAUAUUGAACGGAUUUAUAUUAUCAGUCACAUUCCAGAUAUUACUAUUUUAAUCUACAGUCACUCAAUAUAACAAAAUACCUAUGUAGAUUAACAAUGUUAUUGGAUAGUUAUGUAAACUUAAACAUGAGAGUCUUAAAAAAUACCUUAUUAACAAAUAUAAAAGUAUAAUAAGUUUCUGUUAUGAUUAUAAAGAAUAUAAUUUUUUGCUCUGUAUCAUAAAUUAAAUUGGUUUUUAAGAUUUUUGUUGGGUUAUAUUACCCCGGAGAAACAGUUGUUGUUUAAACUAUUUAUAUAACACAGACUGCUUUAUGAUUAUAUGAGCCGCGUCACGACAAAACCAACAUAGUGGGUUUGCGACCAGCAUGGAUCCAGACCAGCCUGCGUAUCCGCGCAGUCUGAUCAGUAUCCAUGCUGUUCGCUUACAAACCCUAUAACAAAUAGAGAAACUGAAAGCGAACAGCAUGGAUCCUGAUCAGACUGCGCGGAUGCGCAGGCUGGUCUGGAUCCAUGCUGGUCGCAAACCCAUUAUAUUGGUUUUGUCAUGACGCGGCUCAUAUACAAAAUGGCCUUUUAUACAUAGCCAUGUAACCUGUCAAAAAGACUUUCAAAAGAAUUUGAAUAUUCUGUAGUGUACCAUUCAUUUUCUUGUACGGAAAAUAAGAAUCCAUUUAUAAUCAUAAGCAGUGUUUAACAUAAAAACGUACAAUUAUGCAAUGAAAAUUUAUGUUACAAAAUGUCAGUAGUAUUAGCCUGCUAAUGUAGCAAUUCAUGGGACAUGGGUCACGUAAACUUAUAUUAUUCCAAAGAUAACAUUAUCAACUGAUGUGUUCAUAAUACAUGUACAUUGUAGUGUUAGAAAUAUUGAAAAUUGUCUUUCAAUGUUGUUUUGCAAGUGAAGUAAAUAAAUGAUGCCAAAAUAA